GAUUUACUGCUCGAGUGGCUGGGAAUCGAAACUUAACAAGAGACCGUGGAUUGCUCCACCACCAAACACUAGGCUCCUACGGGCUUCUUCCAUUUUACCUUCUAUCCGAGUUAGCACGACUUCUCAGCUGCGGAACGCUAGUUUGUCAUUUUUUUGGUAACCACCAUGACUUGCCUUUAAACUUUUUUCUUUUGGUUCAAUGAACUUCCUCAGUUCUUCAGCGAGCAACCAUGGACCCUGCCCGGAACAAGCGCAGAGAGGAGAUAAGCAAGGCUCUGGCAUUUAUACAGUCACCUCUGGCUUAUCCAGAUUCCAAAAGCUACCAGGACUAUCUGACCCAGUUAGUGUGCAACCUGCUUGAGGAGGGCAACGCCUUCUUCCGAGACAGGGAGUGGGUGCAGGCCAUCAGGGAGUUCACUGAGGGUUUGAAUGUCUCAUUGUAUGCUGAAGGAGAGGACAUCCAAAUACCUAAAGCUCUGCUGGAGAGCCUGUAUGUCAACCGAGCUGCUGCCCACCACAGUAUGGGGAAGUAUGAUAAAGGUGUCGAGGACUGCAACAGUGCUCUGGAAGUGUGUAAGGAAAGUCGCAGGGCUUUGUACAGGAAGGCGCUGUGUCUGAAGGAGCUUGAGAAAUACAAAGAAGCCUACGACUGCAUGACCAGCUGUCUGCUCUCUGCUCCCCAGCUCUUGACAGGACAAACAGAUGAACGAGCUCGCACAGGAGCUGGCCGUCCACCUGGGAAUGAAAAUUCGGAAACCAUAUGUCAGUGCAAAGUCUUCAGAUCACUCUUUGUCAGAAGGCUGGAUAAAUACUGCAGUGACAUUGGCGAUAAUUUAGGAAAUGGUUUGAAUUCUGCCAGUUCUGCUGCACCAGUCAAUGUCCCCAGCGUUCCAAAGUCCCACUUUGCUUCCACACCUCCCGUCUGCAGCCAACCUGCCAGCUCUGUGCUACCUGACACUGUGGAUGACUCUGAGCUGAUGGGGGAUGAUUUAGACAGUCUGCUUGACUCCUUUCCAAAUGAGGAAGAGCCAUCUGAGGCAGCAUUCGCAGUCCCCAGUAGAAAAUCCACAUCCACUCACACAGCUCCCUCUGUCCUGCCUGCUCCAACACCCCAGCUUCCCCCUGCCUUCUUCAACUCUGCCAUCAAUCAGCUCAACUCCCUGGACUCCUUUUCCAAUGGCGGGUACGCCACUUCAUCUACAGCACUGGAUAUCCUCGAUGACCUGUCCGUCUCUGGAAUUGGACGUGGUGCGGAUGCUUCAAACUCAGUUCCGCCCUCCUCUGGACUAGAUACCCUGGAUGCUCUUGAUUCCCUUGAUUCUCUUGAUGAAAUUUUGGACGGAGCGUCAAGCGGUGUUGCUGCUGAGAAGGUUAACAAGCCUAAAACUGAGCUGGAUGUAGGAGAAAAGUCUCUCAAUGAAUUGCUUGAUGAAGUAGACAUCUUGGGGCCUGUCUCUAAUCCAAGUGGUCAGAGGAGGGAUGUCCCUAAAAUUAGCACUAAAGCCACAGAGCAGCUUGACUGCCUUGAUGCCUUGGACUUGUUCCCCACAGUGAAGAGUGUUGGGUCUGCUUUGCCAGCAGUUUCAUUUGGGGUAGCAGGCCUGGACUCGCUCUCUGAUUUCAGCUCAAAUGGUUUCUCUGACUCACACACUGCAUUUACUCCGGUAAUGCGAUCUCCUAAAAAUCACUACAAAGAGAGAAAUAGCCCAGGGCUUGUUUCAGUCUCCAACCCCCUAGCGUCCACCCACGAAUUCCUGCAGGCCUGCUCCACAUGUUUCCCUCAAGAGGGUAAAGGGAUAUACUCCUAUGUUCACAAGCCAGACCUGGUCCACAACUGUAAGCGAGACAUUCUGCUGUGUAGAUGGAAGGUGGAUUGUCCGACGGCGUGGACCAGAGUACGACCACUUCCUGCUAGGACAUCCUUCUCAGGACCAUUUGUACUCUGUAAAAAUCUGCUGCAGUCUGGGGAUUUGGGCAUUUGUAAGUACGGAGAGAAAUGCACGUUUGCCUACAACCAGCUGGAGAUAGAUGUUUGGACAGAAGAGAGGAAGGGGACACUAGACAGGAACCUGCUGUUUGAGACCACACCCGUCAAAAUGGACCCUGUGAACAGCAUCAUACAGCUUCAAGAGGAAAACAAGGGCAUGUUUAUCUUCCUUUGUCAGGAGUGUUAUGACAGUAAACCUAGAAUCAUCAGUAAACGCUCCAGUGACAAUCACGCCAUCUGCUCUAACGUGGAUGCUCGUCACAACUUCGAUGCUAAUAAGUGCCUGGCCUUUGUGAUGAGGACCUUCAACGUGAACUACAAAAAAGUUCGUCCUCUCAGCAUCAUGUGCCAAUUGGACUUGUGCCGACAAGCCAUCCGGUAUGGCUGCCAAAGAGAAGACAGCUGCCAGUAUGCCCACUCUGUCAUAGAGCUUAAAACCUGGAGGAUUCAGUGUCACACAGGUAUCAGCCCUGAUGAGAUUGUGAAAGUAUCCAUGAAGUAUCAUGACAAGACAGCGCAAAAUUCAAACAAAGACAAAGUUAACAGACAGGUGUUCGCUGGAGGAGGUGGAAGCAAAUCUAAAGGAGGAGAAGUAGGAGGUGCCAGGAGUGGGAAGACUCUUAAUAUGAAGAUGAAGUUUGCAUGUGCUCAGUGCUGGGGGGGCGGCCUGAUUACCGAACCAGACAAAGCACUCAAGUACUGUUCUGCCAAAGCCAGCCACAUGUGGACGAAAGACAGACGAGUACUGCUGGUCAAGUCCUCAGAGAGAAGUAAAUGGGUUCAGGUCCGACCACUGCCUCAUGCCAAGAACUUCCCUGUGCAAUAUGACAUGUGUGCCCAGAUUCAGGAGAAGAGGAAAUGUAACUACACUGGGAACUGCACCUUUGCUCACAGCCAGGAGGAGAAAGAAAUGUGGAUGUACAUGAAGAAUAAUGACUUGCGGGACAUGCAGCAAGUGUAUGACAUGUGGUUGACAUUAGCUGGCAACCACCGCCAAGCAGAGGGAGCCACGUUCUCUCAGCCCAACUCCGAAGAGAAAUGCAUCAUUAUGCCAACUGACUACGCUGAACCAAUGUAUGGUUUCCACUGCCGUUUGUGCGGUAAGCACAGUAACAGUGAGCGACAGUGGCAGCAGCACAUUUCCUCUGAGAAACACAAAGACCGAGUGUUCAGCUGUGAGGGAGAAGAUGAAGCUCUGACAUGGAGCUACCGCUUUCCUGGAACAUGCUUUAAACUCUGCCCCAAGUUUGAUGGUGGCUGUCCUGAUGGUGUGAGCUGCGAUUACGCCCACAGCCCAGAGGAGCUGCAAGAGUGGACGGAGAGAAGGGAUUUCCUGCGACAGAAACUGGCCAAAGCUAGGGACGACAUGCUUGUCAUGCCUAAUGAGUUUGACUUUGGGAAGUACAACUUUCUACUGCAGGACUGAGAAGAAUUUGACUUUGCAACUGCCAAACUAGUAUUUUGAUUAUGUGUUGAUGUUUCAAACCUAAACUAUUAUGUUUAGACUAAGGAAGCACUUGAAUUGUCAAACACAUAUUGACCUUCCCCAAAGUGCUGCAUUAGUAACUCUAAAUUAGUCAAUCUUUUAACUUUUUAAGUGUUUGUUGCCAUGUGAAUACAUGUCUUUUUGCUUCAUGUCUGUUAAAGGGUUUACAGUGAUCUGUACUUGGAGCUGCUUGUAUGCUUUAUUUUCACUCUUUUAUGUACUUUCCCCCUUAGUUUAUAUUUCGUUUCAGCAUUGAUCAGUGCCUUCAGUCCACAGUUUACCAAAGAUGUGCAGAAUGUUCAAACGCCUGAAUGUUUAUUAAAAAAAAACAAUUAAUA